AUGAGCUAUCCUAUGAGCCGCCCUGGCUCACCUGAUGUUGAUCUUUCUGUACUGGAGAAUCGCAAACGCCAUAUCAAUGACAGCCUAAAGCGGGCUCGCAAGCGACUCAAGCCACGAGGGUCCUUUGACGAGGAAUACUGGACCCGGGCUAGUGAAAUUGGCGCAAUCGAACUCAAGAAAGUUCAGGUGCAACGCAAAAUAUCAUUACAAAGAUAUGAUGGCACAGAGGCCGAAUGGAGAGACUCGGACGAGGCUAAGGCCUUGGCACAACAGGCUAAGGCUCAUGAAACAUCGCAGAAAAUCUGCGAAAAGCGGAAAGAUGAUCUUCACACAAGAAGCCGCCCAAGAGGGUUAAGGGUCUCUUUUAUGAAACUCUUUACCACCAGCAAGCUCGGACUAGGUAUACUCCACACUGGAGCGGGAAGACGCAACCCAGAUGAACAGACUCUGUUCCGAACUAGUAUGAUCCGUGAGUACGGCGCACAACGACCCGGCUAUGAUCAUCUAUGGUGCCCGGUCUUAGGAGACUGGCGUGACAACAGGAGCGUCGUUGCCGCGCACCUAUUCGGGUAUAUGCACGGGCAAGCAACUAUGGACGCAAUUUUCGGCAAAAGGAAGCACCCUGAGCUUUUUUCACCACGGAAUGGAAUCCUUGUGUCAGUCUUUAUCGAGGAUUACCUUGACUCGGGAAAACUUGUUAUUGUACCAGACUUAGAAGACCGCCCAAAGCUUACGGAUCUCAUCAGCUGGCUUAAGAGCCCUAUUCGAAAUUUAAAGAUGCGAGUCUUAGAUCCCAACUGGAACAAGUUGGAGACGCAGAUUACACGAGACCUUCCGCUGAAAUAUAAGGAUCUUGACAACAGACGUCUAACCUUCAAGACGGACUUUCGCCCGGCGGCAAGAUACCUUUAUUUCCACUAUGUUAUCCAACUCCUCCGUUACGCAUGGCAGUCGGACGCACAGGGAGGAGAACAGGCCAUCCGAAUUAUGAAAGGGGAGCACGGCAAACCAUAUUGGGGCACCCCGGGUCGAUAUCUACCAAAGAACAUGUUACUGGCACUCGUUGAGGAGCUCGGCCAUGAGUACAAGCCCCUUCUAGAUGGCGCAUCUCUUGGCCGCUCAAAGGACUCUCAACUACUCCUAGAGGCGGGGAUGAGGCAGAUUAAUCACCCAAGACGCUCGCUUGAGGAUGCCGGUCUUGCGCGUAGAUCCUCAGAGCGUGACGAGGAAGAGGAAGAGGAAAGCAAUGAUGACGAGUAUGAUAGUGAUGACGCGGACUGGGGAUCUUAG